GGGGGCAUAAUGCAGUGUAUUAUAAUCUGCAUGUACUACAUGUAACCACAUAUUAGAAUUAGACUAAAGAUGAUAAAUGCCCAUCAUUAGUUCAAAUCAUCAAUUGGAGUUUUGUUAACUUGAUAUAUUAAUGAAGUCGAUUCAAUGCUCAACGAAGGAACAAAAAGGCCCAUGGUUUCUCGGAGACUUCAAUACCCAUUUCAACAUGCCGCUCGGACAACCCCCAGAUGAUUAUAUCGAAUGGUACAAGAAGAUGCAGACGGAUGAGACAGAGACGACCAUUGAUCUGCUGCAAUUGAGGGCGGAACUCCUGGAGAAUGGCUACACCGACGAGGAUUGGAGGCUUCUGUAUGCAGAAAUAGAUCCCGAAUACAAAGAACAAAGGAGGAUAUCGGAGGAAGAAUUUACAAAACGCAUGUCUUCCGUGGCAGAUUUAGAUCAUAGAGGUGCACAGAUAAGAGCCGAAUUGAAACGCCGAGACCUUGUUGGUGAUGGGAGAAUUUCCCCCGAAGAACUGAUAGGUGUAAUCGAGCAGAACUUUCCUGGGUUAGAUGAAGAUGAAUGGCGCGUCCUGGUCCACAAUCUCGAUUUGGAUGAAGAUGGUAGAUGCAAUUACGAAGACUUCCUCUCCAAGUUUAAGGCUUCUGGGUCUGGAUAA